AUGAUCUGCUUUGGCUUUGGCAACAGAUUCAUCACAGCACUCACCUACCGGAUCCAAGCAUGGCUCUUGAACCCUGGAGGUACCUUUGGAGAUAUCAUCAGCCUUGCUGGAAAGGGCUUAUCAAAAGGGCCUUCCUUCAUUCCGGAGGAGCAGAUCAUACAGGUUCCUGAGGAGUUUGAGCACCAGCCGGGCAAGACUGAGGAGGUAACGAGAUAUGGAGGCAUGCAGUGCCGCGUAGCUUUUCGGAGCAGAGGACUACCUCAACCAGCAGCCGGAGUUGGAUCAGGGGAGAACGACAAUUUGGAGAAGAGCCUGAAUGGACUAUACUUCCUCCUCUACCUGGACAAGGUCCCCAUCUUCCUGAAGGAGCUCUACGCGCAGAUCACUGAGUUGCUGCUUUCCACCGAUCAGCCUCAUCGACAAGAAAGGCUCGUUGUGUUGGUCGGCAGUUUCCCAAGGGUGAAGAUUUUUUGA